AAGCCAAAGAUGAGAUCAGGGGAAGGGGGAAGAGAAAAGUGGGAUGAGAUAAAGCUCCAAAGUCAGAGAUGAAAUUUUCCCGGAUAAAUGGGAAAUGAAAGGGAAGGAGAAAAAGCGGGGCUCCUGAUCUCCUCUGGAAGCAGACAGCCAGUUGAUCAUUGACAUUAACAAGAAGCACUCUCAUACGAAGGCAUAUACUGGUACUGACUCUUGGAUGGGGAUGGCAUACAGAAUCAUGACACCAAAAAAUUGAAGCUUAUGAUCCAAACUAAAAGGAGCAUGGAGAAAGUCUGUGAAUUCUGCAGGGCUUUGAGGCCCGUCAUCUACUGUCAAGCUGAUGCAGCACAACUUUGCCUCUCUUGUGAUGCAAAAGUACAUUCAGCCAAUGCACUGUCUAGCCGCCAUCUCCGAUCUCUCCUAUGUGAUUCUUGCCAGUACCGCCCAGCAUACGUUCACUGUCUGGACCACAAGCUGUAUAUCUGUCGUAAUUGCAACCGGAGGAUCCACGAUGGGUCUUGUCAGCAUCGGACGCAGGCAAUCUACAGUUACAUGGGAUCCCCUUCAGCUAAUGACUUUGCAGAAUUAUGGGACUUAGACUUGAGCCAAUUGGGCAAUCUUGCUUGCACCGGUCCAUCUGAUUCCUCUUCCCAUGAAUUUGUGGAUUUGGGCACAAUAACUGUGGAUACUUCAGGUUCAGUCUAUCCAGGGGAAUGUAAUGUUGGAUCAAGAAAUCGAGAAAGAGCUAAGACAUCAUGUGACGGUCAGCAGAAUCAGUCAUCUUGCUUCAUUAUGCAACAGAUUCUUGACUUGAGAAAGCUUCAACUAAAUGAGAAGAAGGACAGCUUGCCAUUGAUUUGUGAUCAAGAGCAAAAUGAUUUUUCUUCAUCAUUUUCUCAUAGUCCAAGGAAGUUCAAUGAGAAUACUGAUCAGAGUUUGCGGAGCUGCCACGAUCUUUCCAGUGAAAGGAUUACCUUGCUCCAGGAUCUGAAAGCGGAGAACUCUCCUUCAGCAUUUUCCACACUAGGGAACUUACCAUCAUCUUCAACUUCUGGCACUCCUAGCCCUUGGCAAAGCGAAUCCAUCUGGCAAUGCAGAAGCCCUUUUCAGACUAGUCAGUUUUGGACCCAAAAUAUGCAAGAUCUUGGGGUUUGCAACGAGCUUGCUUGCCAUGACGAUUUUGACAUUCCAGAAGUUGAUGUGACGUUCCAAAACUAUGAAGAACUUUUUGGAGGAGAGCAAGACACAAUCAGAGUUCUACUUGAUGAAAGCAAGCUGGAAUAUUCUUCUUUGGACAAGGAUGUUCCUCUUGAUGACUCAGAGAAUAGCCAUGCCGAACUUUUCGAGGAUAUUUCAGUGGCUACAUCUGUUUGCUUUGGCGCCACCAAUGUUAUGGAUGGCAAUACAGUUCUUAAAAACCAGGUUAAUUUCAUACGGCAGGGAACCUUGGAUCCCUGCCCCUCCAUUCGAGAAUCUUAUUCGACAUUGUCACCCUCAAUUUCAAGGCUCAAUUCAGAAAGCACCGGUUUAGAUUCUCUUGAAAGCCGUCUUUCACCCAGCAUCAUUGGAGGAGAACAACAAUGCGACGUGCGUGAGGAGGACAUUGUCAAGAGGGAUGGUAGACAAACCGACAUGAUGAACAACAUAGACAGAGAGAAACCUCGAAGGCACGAGAAAAGAACGCAGAAUGCAUCCCAAAGAGGGAAAGCAGAUGCACGGAAGCGUGUAAAGGGAAGGUUAAAGACCGGGGGGUACGAUUCUUGAUACCGCUGGCGUCACGAGAAGCGACUGAGAGUGGUCUUCCUUCAUCUUCAUGUUCUGUAGCUGUGCUGUACAUAAGUGUCGAGCUCUAAUUACUGGGGCUAUGGAUCUCGUCCUGCUGUGCUACUUGUGUUUUUCUGAAUGUAGAUUAAUUUUCCCGUA